GAAGUCCUUCCCAAACGUCACGCUGAAGAUACUCCCACAUACACAUCGACACACGAUAAAAGAAGAGGCGAAUCAAAGGAAGGAAGGGAGAGUAAACGAUGCGUUCCAAUAACCGCGGCACCUCCCCGGCGGCGGAGGUAAUCAUGGACGAGAGCAGCUCCUCCACGCCCAACGACAGCGCUCCCUCCGGCGGCGGCGACUACCACCAGAAGGCAUUGGUGACGAACGAGCAGGACUACGUGCAUCCGGAGUCGAUGGGCAUCGCCAACUGCGCCCCGGUGAUCCUCCGCAUCCCGUUCUACGGUCGCAGUGUGCAGUACCUCGGACCGAAGGUGCCCAGCAUGCUCGCCAUUUGCAACUUCAUGCAGCGAGGGCUGGCAAACAACUUGAUCAACUACUCCAAGUUCGCCAUGUUCCGCUCCCGCUUCGGCAUCUCCGCUGAGCGCUAUCAGCGCCUGGCCGGCAUCGCAGGUCUGGGCUGGUCGCUGAUGGCCUUCACCGCCGUCUUCACAGACACUUUCGCCUUCGUUUUCCACACGAAGCGGUGGUACCUGGUGAUUUCCUGCCUGCUCGGCUUCGCCUUUGCCCUCGGCUUCGCGCUGCUGCCGGCGCAGCAGUCCUCUGCGAACACCGGAGCCGCCUUCAUGUUCCUGACGGUGUGGAGUAUUGCGAAUGUGAUCAUCCUGGUAGCCGGUCAGUACAGCCGUCUGCUCCGUAAGUCCCCCCGCGCCGGCCCGCCGCUGGUCGGCGUCGUCUACAGCUGCAUUAUGAUUGGAGGAAUUAUCUCGGCCGGGGUGCAGGGCCCGCUGUCCGACCGCAACCUGCAGCAGGUGGGGAUGUACAUCGCCGCCGUGGCGCAGCUCGUGCCCGCCGCCUUCUUCGCCAUGAACUGGCUGCAGGAGAAGACGAACGAGAAGGAGCGACUGGAGGACUGCGAGAACAACUACCAGCAGGCCUUGAUCGAGGCACGGCGCUGGGACGAGGAGCACGGUCUGUCCUCCUCCACGGAGAACGAAGAGGGCGACGACAGCGGCGGUGUCGUGGUGAAGAGGCUAGACGCGGACGACGAGGAGAAUGACUCGCCGCGUGCGCCGGUGGUGGCGGCAGCGCUGGAGGACGAGCUGGACAACAACAACCCUCCGCCAACCGCAGCCGCCCACCCCGACGGAGCCCCGCCGCGCCGCGUUGAUCAGGUCGUGCGCGAGGAGCCCCGCAUCACCCGCGUUCUUCUCGGCAUCAUCGAAGUGAACCACACCGUGGUGACCGACAACUGGAAGAUCGUGUUGUACUGUGUUGUCAUGACCGCUGGUGUGAUUGCCAUGACGGUCGUCACGGUUCUCGGGAACAGCUACGACCUCCUCUACUGCUCGAUUGCUGUCUCCGUCGUGUGCAUCCUGCUCGCGUUCUACUCCCUGCCGCUCGCGAUUGCCAAGGCGAAUGUGUAUAUCUUUUUGCAGCAGCUGUUCUACCUGCAGCUGCCGGGGGCGCUGGACAGCUUCUACAUGGCGCCGGCAUCGUGCCUGCCCGAGGGGCCGCACUUCACCUACACCUUCUACACCACCGUCGGCAGUAUCAUCGGCAACGUGGGCGGUUUGAUCGGGGUCGCGCUCUUCACCUACGUCUUCUCCAAGAUGAGCUACCGCGUGACGAUGGUGGUUGCGACGAUAGUGCAGAUCAUCGCCUCCAUCUUCGACCUCAUCAUCGUCAAGCGCUGGAACGUGGCGAUUGGCAUCCCGGACCACGCCAUGUACAUCCUGGGCGACCAGAUCGUCUACCAAACCUGCUACUACCUCUCGUACAUGCCGAUUGUGCUGCUGCUGUCGCGGCUGCUGCCACGCGGCACGGAGUGCAUGGUGAUGGCUGUCAUGUCUAGCCUCGGCAACUUCGGUGCCGCGCUGUCGAACUCCGUCGGUGCCUUGGUGAUGGAGCUUGGGUGGCCGGUGGUGGCGGACGUGGCGAACAACGUCUGCGACUUCAAGAACGUGCCCUACUUGAUUCUGGUGGGCCACUUCGCGUGCCCGCUGCUCAUCUUCCCGCUGACGCUGAUGCUGCCGGCGGCGAAGAUAUCGGACGAUAUCGACAUCGACGGGAAGGUGAUUCGCAAGAAGGUGCAGGCAGCCGCAGAGGAGGAGGAAGAGGAGGAGGGACACGCGAGGGAGAACCACCCCGCUGCGUCGGAGCCGCUGCGUGAAGAUCACUAG